GUCAGAUUGAAGCUUUGCUUCCUCGUCACCUGUUGCUAACAGCUGCCAGAGGAAGGAUAAAGUGGGGAAAGCUAGCCGUUGACUGAGUGAUGGCCAUGUCUCUCGGUGAUGACACGCUGCUGUGCAACUACCCAAAGUGUCGGGCCAAGCUGAGCGGCUUCGCCUGGGUCACAGCCUGCUCUCACGUUUUCUGCGACCAGCACGGCUCUGGGGAGUUCAGCCGCUCUCCUGCCAUCUGCCCGGCGUGCUCCUCUGCCCUGUCCGGCAAGCUGGACAUUGUGAGGACAGAGCUGUCGCCCUCUGAGGAAUACAAAGCCAUGGUGCUGGCAGGUCUGCGACCAGACAUAGUCCUGGACAUCACUUCUCGCGCUCUUGCCUUCUGGAGCUAUCAGGUCCAUCAGGAGCGUAUGUAUCAAGAGUACAGCCUGUCCCGCGCCGACACACAGCUGAAGCAGAUGGAGAAGGUUCUGACCCAGCAGAACCAGAGCAGAGAACUAGAACUCACCGCCAUGAGGGGAGAGAUUACCUCACUGAAGAAAGUGAUGGAAGAGUACAAGAGGAAGUACAGUGAGGUGUCGGAGAGGCUGAUGGAGAGGAACAGGCAGUACCAGAAGCUGCAGGGGUUGUAUGACUCCCUGAGGCUGCGUAACAUGGUGGUGGGAGCCGGGGACCGAGAGAUGCCCCAAGCACAUGGAAAUCCAAACUCAAGCAUCGCGAUGGCUCAGCAGGCGACCCCUCAGAGAAGCCCUCACUUCCUCGCCGCUGGCCCCGCCGGUGACGGCCGCUUCUUCUCCUGCCUGGAGUCUGAAGGAGCCAAGGCCUUCUUCCAGUUCAGCUCCCCGGCCAGGGACAACAGCCGGCCCUUCCUCACCAAGCACUGAAAGCAAAACUUUACUUCCACGCUCGCCGUUGUUCCUGCCGAGCCCUGAUGGCUUCUAAAUACUGGAAGUGUAUUUAUUGAAUGUACUAUUAUAGUAAUUCUUGCAUUUGUUGACUAUAUUAUAUGUUUUAGUAACUUACCUUGAAGUUAGGGGUAAAACUGUUAACUUGGACUUGUUUGUGUAGUUCUUCUAGUUCGUGUUGACUAAGGUGAUUCAGCAGCUGCACUGAUAUUUUUUUUCUUUUUCUGCCACUGAAAAGCACUUCAAUAGACUGAUAGAUUCCUUACUGAAGAUCCAGAAUGUUUACCAGGACACCUUAAUAAACAACCAGAGCUGGCGACUAAGCGGUAAAUCUAGGCUGACCAAAGGUUUGGCUGAGCAGCAAUGAAAUGACAGCUUUACAGAACAAAACAGAGCUGGAUUCCA